AUGCACGUUAUUUCGGGAGCGCAGGCUGACCCUCAGCAGCAGCAGCAGCAGCAGCAGCUGAAGGCAGACACGCGGGAGCCUACGGCGGGCCCGCUGCAGGAGCCUCAUGCGGCUGCCAGGCCUCAGGCGCAGCAGCUGCAGCAGCAGCUGCUGCAGCAGCUCCUGCUGCAGCUGACUGCGGACCAGCAGCAGCAGCAACCGCCGCCAGAUCACCACGGCAUCCUUCAGAAUGCGGGCGCCGCCCAACAGCACCUGCAGCAGCAAAUGCAGCAGCAGCUGCAGCAGCAGCAGCUCCAGCAGCAACUGCAGCAGCUGCAGCAGCAGCGCCAGCAAACGCCACUGCAGCAGCCGCAGCAGCUUCAGACUCCACAGCAAAAGCCAAGCUUGUCUGGGGAAACCCUCCUGCAGCUUCACCGGCUGCUUGGGGCCCCCUCGCCGCAGGCUGCUGCUGCUCCCGGCGCUGCGCAGCAGCAAGUUCUGCCGCAGCAGCUGCAGCAGCAGCGGCACACGCAGCAGCAGCGACAGCUAGCAGCAGAAGAAGACCCGGCUCUGCAGCUCUUUCUUGAUGCUGCAGCAGCAGGCUGCAGCAACCAGCCCCCAGGUGGGGCCCCCAGGGUGCUGCAGCACCAAGAGCCCAUAGCGCUGCUGCGGCAGCGUUUGCAGCAGCUGGAGCGAAUGAAACAAACGAAUGAGCGGCAGCAGCAGCAGCAGUUGCUGCUUCAGCAGCAGCAGCAGCAGCAGCAACAACAGCAGCAGCAGCUGCACCAGCAGCAACGCCCCCUUCUACAGCGUGAGGGCGAAGCGGUGCAGCACCUUUUGGACUGCAUCCAGGUGCUGCGGCAUCAGCAGCAAAUGUUGCUGCCGCUUCGGACUGCAGAAACGCCUGCUGCUGCUGCUGCUGCUGCUGCUGCGCCUCCCGCAGCAACAAACGGAGAAAAGGCUCCGCAGUCUCUGCAGCAGCGUCUCGUCAACUUCUUGUCGCAGCAGCAGCGGCAGCAAGGACGGCUGCUGCAAAUACUGUCGCAGCAGCGCCAACAGGAAGGCGGCGCCGCUGAUGUUCCGCAGCAGCAACAGCAGCAGCAGCAGCAACAGCAACAGCAGCAGCAGCAACAACAGCAGGGAGAUUCCUUGCGGCAGCAGAGGGCAAAGCUGCUGAGUCGCAUCGUGAAGUUGCUGCAGCAGCAGCAACAGCAGCAGCCGUGCACCUUGGUGGACAACGACGACACCCGUCGCCGUCAGCAGCAGCAGCAGCAGCAGCACCUGCCUGGGGAUGCUGCUGCUGCUGCUGCUGCUGCUGCUGCCGGGUCUCAGCGGGGCCUCUCGGGGCCCCGGCGAGUCGAUGUGGGGCCCGCGGGACAAGACCAAGGAGGCCUUGAGGAGCCGUCUCCUCUAGAAGGGGAGGACACGGUGGCCGCAGCAGCAGCAGCAGCAGCAGCAGCUUCUGCUGCUGCUGCCGCUCUGCAGCCCGAUGAGCAGCAGGACGCGGCUGCUGCUGCACUGACACGCGAUGCGCUGGCGCGCCUGAAGCCGCUGCUGCAGGCCGCGUUUAAGCUGCCGCAUUUCCCCGUGAAGUACGCAGCAGCAGCACCAGAAGCAGCAGCAGCAGCAGCAGCAGCAAGUGGCGGAGAGGAUAAGGCUGCAGACGCAGCAGCGAGCCCCCUGGCCCCUUCGCUUGCUGCUUGUCUCUUGGCUGCGGGAGAGGAGACAGGCAGCAGCAGCAGCAGCAGCAGCAGCAGCAGCGUGGGUCUGGGGGUCAAUGAGUGGCAAAGAGACAAUUCAUUUCUCUUUUGUGAACUCUCUAGACUCAUCCGAGCUGCUGCUGCGCUGCCCUCGGAGCCGCUGCUGGAGUCCCUUCUCAGAGUAGACUCCCAGCAGCAGCAGCAGCAGCAGCAGCAGCAGCAGCAACAGCGGCAGCCGCAGAGCGUCAAGCAAUGCGGGGAGCCCCGUGCUGCUGCUGCUGAAGCUGCGCAUUCAGUUGCUGCUGCUGCUGCUGCUGACGCAGCGCAGCAAGAACGAGCGGAAGAAGCAGCUGCUGCUGGCAGCAAAAGCGCCGCAGCAGCUCCUGGCUGCAGCGCUGAAGCUGCGCAGCAAGGAGCAGCAGCAGCUGCUGCAGACGAAGCUGCAACAGCAGCAGCAGCAGCAGCAUCUGGCGCUGAGCCUCCCUCAGUAGCAACUACUGCUACGGAAACUACUGCUGAAACUGCUGCUGCCGAAACUGCUGCCUCAGCUGGCGCUGCGCCUGCUGCAGCAGCAACUGCUGCUGCUGCAGAUGCUGCGACAGCUGGCGCUGAGCCCGCAGCAGCUGCUGCUGAAACUGCUGCGGCAGCUGGCGCUGAGCUUGCAGCAGCAACAGCUGCCGCCGGUGAAACUGCUGAAGCUGCUGGCGCAGAGUCCGCCGCAGCAGCUGCAGCAGCAGCAGCUGAAACUGCUGCAGCAGCUGAAACUGCUGCAGCAGCUGAAACUGCUGCAGCAGCUGAAACUGCUGCAGCAGCUGGCACUGAGCCCGUCGCAGCAGCAGCAGCUGCUGGUGCCCCAGAGGAUGCUGGCGCUUCCGUUGCAGCUGCAGGGGAUUGUGCCGCGCCUUUUGAAGCAGCUGCAGCUUCUGCAGCUGGAGAUGAAACGGAGCCACUUGCUGCAGCAGCAGAAGCAGCAGCUGCUGCUGCUGCUGCAGUUCCUGUCCCUCGAGAUAUGGAGGGCCCUCUGGGCCACAAAGACAAAACUGGCAGCGACAGCAGGGAGGCCCUUGAGAAUGCAGGCCCCACGACAGAGGACACCUCGCCGAAGCAGCAGCAAGAGGUGCAGCAGCAGCAGCAGCAAGAGGUGCAGCAGCAGCAGCAGCAGCAAGAGGUGCAGAAGCAGCAGCAGCAGCACGAGGUGCAGCAGCGGCAGCAAGACGACCUGCGGCCGCGGCACCAGCGGCCGUUGUGUCCAUCGGCCUUGGACGCAGCAGCAGCAGCAGCAAGCGAGGGGUUGGCAGCAGUGGCUGCAGACGCAGCAGGAGGGAAGGAAGCAGCAGCAGCAAAUGGAACAGCAGCAGCAGCAGCAGACUUUGCAGCAGAGCUGAGGAAAGAACUGCUUGAAAAGGAGGCCCUCACGGAGGAGACAACAGGAGGACUUAACAUUCGCCGUCUCCCUAUGGAGUUUUCCCUCAGCCUGUCUGCUGUUUGUGCCAAGGCGCUGCAACAAUGCGAGGCUGCGCAGCUGCUGCUGCCGCCGCCCGUGCAGUGCUGUUGGGAUCGGAUCCACUCCGUGUGCCAGCCGCACUGGCAGCAGCAAGUAGAGUGUGAGGCUGCAGCAGCAGCGGCUGCAGCUGCAGCAGGCGCAGCUGCUGCGCAGUCAGCAGCAGACGCUGCUUCCGGCUCAGCAGCCAGCGCAGCAGCAGCAGCAGCAGCAGCAGCGCCCGGGGACGCGACUGAGAAGAAGCCUUUUUGCAUCAUCUGCCGGGUGCUGCAGCAGCAGGCUUCGGGUCACACCUCGCCCAACAGCAGCAGCAGCAGCGCAGCAGCAGCGGGGCCCCUGCAGGAAGCCUUCGACUUGCUGCGGCAGCGACACAGACAUGUCUUCCUCUAUCCACAAAGGGCCCCCCAACCCCUUUUAGAAACUUACUUGCAAGGACUUGAACUAAAACGGAGAACAGGGGGGGGUUCUGCUGCGCUGGGCGCAGCAGCAGCGCCGCAGAAAAGGGGGCGGGACGCGCAGCAACUUGCUGACGAGCGGCAGCAGCAGCAGCAGCAGCAGCAGCAGCAGCAGCUGGAGCAGCGGUGGAAAAGACAAAUGUGCCUCGCCAAGGACAAAGGCGCAUUCGACGUGCAGUGGAAAGACACUGACACCGCCAGCAGCAGCAGCAGCAGCAGCAGCAGCAGCAGCAGCAGCAGCAGCGAGAAUUCCCUCGACGAAGGGGCCCUUGGGGUGCCUUCUGAAGAAGCUUUGCUAAUUGCUGCUGCAACAGUAGGCAGAGCAGAAAGGGAGAAGCUGGCGCAGCAGUUUCUGCUGCGAAUAUAUGGGCUGGAGACGCUGCGAGCUGUUGAAAGCAAAGUGCCCCCCCAUUCGGCCAUUUCUGUUUCCCCGACGGCGUGGACAGUGCAGCUCGCAGAGGUUGCUGCUGCGGGUGCAGCGCAGCAGCAGCAGCAGCAGCAGCAGCUGCAGCAGCAGCUGCAGCAGCAGCAGGGCGAUGAGGAAGUGCAAGGCGAGGCAGCGAAGCAGCAGCAGCUAGAUGCUGCUCAGCAGCAGCCGCACCUUGCAAAAAGCAACAGCUUCAGCGACAGCAACAGCACUGCCAGCGGCAGCAGCAACAGCACUAGCAGCAACGGCAGCAGCAGCAGCUUGGCAGCAGAGUCUGCAGCGGCCGAAGCACCCACAAGUCGCUCCUUUUCUAUCCAGACCUAUGGCUACUAUACUGCCUGCUGCCUCGCUUUAGACACGCUGCAGCAGCAGCAGCAGCAGCAGCAGCAGCAGCAGCAGUCUGAGGAGCCAAAAUCGCACGACAUUGUGCUAUUUUCAUCUCUUCUAAUGCGGCAAAAGCAGUCACUGGAGGACCAGUGGUUUGCUGCUAGUUGGGGGCCCCUGUUGUCAGAGCAGGGGCCCUCCCCCUCGCUUCCCAAAAUGUGUACCCGGGACAGCAGCAGCAGCAGCAGCAGCAGCAACAGCAGCAGCAGCAGGGUCAUGACGGUGUCUGCGCGCGCAAUUAAAGAUGUGACUGAAGACUGUCGAGUUUGGGUUCGGCGGCGGCUGCUGCUUCCCAUGAGGGAAAGCUGUCAAGACACGGGGGGCCCCUGGGGGGCCCCCCAGGGGGGCCCCCCAGGGGCCCCCGCAGACCCCGAGCUCUGUGCCUAUAUGAGGCAAAGCGAGGCUGUGGGGAUUUACAAUAGAAAGAUGCAGCUGCUGCAGCUGCAGGGGGCCCCCUGGGCGGACCCAAGAAAAGCUGCUGCAGCACGGCAGCACACAGAAGAGAGGGCAGCUGCCCCUGGAUAUGCGCUGCGGCACCGCAGGAGGUGCCCCACCUCCCCGAACUCCGUUGUCAUUCGAGGGGCAGUGGGGGAAGACGCGUAG